GUUUACAUUUGCCAGCUUUCCUCUGCCUCCAGUUUGGCGUUGACUAAAAAACGUCCGUUCUGGUAGAUAUUCAGUUGGCGACAGCUUCAUAUCAUUCUUCGUCUUUGGGUGCUCUACAGGCUCGCGCUGUCCGUUCUUCGGCGACCAUCUGCUGAUUUCUACUUGACAAUCCCGCAUUCUUCCCACGUACUUGAGUGUUGCUCGCUUAUCUUCACCUCACGUGCUCCUUCAGCUCAGACUCUACAUUGCAAUGCUUAUGGCUCCAGGUUGCACGGCCAAUUUCCUCCCCGAGUCUUUCCAAAUGGCGGGCUCUAUGCAGCUUCGAUGCAAGAGCAUGAACGAUCUGACGGCGAUCGACUUUUCAGGAUCGAAAUUCCCGUCUAACCUGUCUGAAACGAGAGACUCAUCCGCAGCAACGCCUCGUCUGUCGGUGAAACGCUCUCGGGGACGUCAAUCUGGCGGAAUUAUCGUUGAGAUUACCGGAACGCCGCUGAACACGGGAGUCUCCGUCGUCGUCUGUCCUGGCGCGCCUAUUAAGAGCAAAGGAGCGUUCAAGACUUAUGGUGCAUCGCGGAAACCCGUGUCUAGCGGCCUCGUUCGUCGUCUGAACUUCUCGUUGGAGGCGUCUGACUCGGCAACGUCGAUGCCGACGGGAAACUCGAACUCAAGCUCUUCUUAACUUCGUCCGGGAAUCACUGAACUUCGCUCGGCAACGUCAAUGUCAGCAUCGAUUUCCGAAAUGGCGGCCAGGAGCUCUUAUCUUGGAAGAUCUAACUUGGAACUUGGCGUUACCGCAUUAACCAAGACUGACGUACAUCAUCAACUUUGGAUCGACCUCAGCUGCUUCGCGCAAGCGAGGCAACUGGUUUCUUGUUCCGCUGCACUCUCGGGACUUAAUCGACGUUCACAGGACUAUCUGGGGACUGACACCAGAACCCGGUAGACCAUGGACUGAUUAAUUCCUGGAAUCGUGGUAUGCAUGCUAAAUUAUCCUUGCUUCUUUCUUGUACAGCUUCGCCUCAUCUUAUACUGACUGUUAAUCUCACUCUUCCAGC